ACGUACACCUUUGCUUGCUUAAGUUUCAAGCAAAAGUUGACGUGCAAAUGUAAUCGCUAGACUUUGACAUUUUGCAUAAGUAAAUUCUUAAGUGCACCGUUUAAAAUGGCCCAUAAAAUCGAAAACGAAUUUUAUUUCAAAUUAAUAAGUGCAGUACGCGAACAUCCGUGCCUGUAUGAGAAAAAUCAUCCCCAUUAUUACAACAGAAAUAAACGUAAUGCAGCCUGGCAAGAAGUAUCUGCAGCCAGCGAUCGGUCAGGAAGUGACUGCAAAGCCCGUUGGAAGUUAUUACGUGAAAGGUUCUGUAAGCAAAUGAAGAGAACUGGUGGUUACUUCUCAAUGAGUACUGAUCCUACUGAUACACAUGAAUGGGAAUACUAUAACGAAAUGCUGUUUCUAAAGGAAUCAAUAAUACCGCGACGUUCAUACAAAGACAAGGAUAUUAUAUCCAGUUUAGAUGAGCCAACAAUUAAUGAAGUCUUUAUUAAUGCCAAUACCAUAACUGAAGAUGAAACCUGCUCGUCAAAUUCAAAUUUAUCAAAGUGCACUAAGCCUUCUGUUGAAAGCCACAAGACGACGACGUUCGAUUUAGCGCCACUAAAAAUCGAACGUAUAACGGACGUGAAUUUACGGCAUUAUCAUAAUUCAGAGAAACCGGAAAGCAAAACUGCUACAGUUAAAUGUAAUACACCAGUGGGCGGGGAGACCGACAUUUCGAUUGAAGAAUUGUUUGUAAAGAAUAUAGCGAAUUUAAUACGCGAUCUGCCAAUAGAAGUGAAGGACCGCUUCCAGGCAGACAUGUAUACCGAGGUGUUUCGUUUGCGUGCGCAGUACCGCAACUUUUAGAAUAAGAUAUUUUAAUGCUGAAUUUUAAGUCGCGAUCUCUUAUUUACGAUUCAUGCGUAUGUACAUAAGAGAUUUUGU